UGUGUUCAAAUAGGUACUUCCUUAAUGCAAAUUUCUAAAUGUCAUAUUAUUUGUGAGGUAACUAAAAUAGCUAAAUAAUUGAAUUACCUAUAUUUGGACCUCAUAUUGGUCAAACACAAUGAGUAAUCUAAGCGAAAACAAAACCUUUCCUCAGGUGAUGCGUCGCUCAAAAAGUCUCACAACAGCAGUACUAGCUCUUUGGGUCGUUUUCUCAUUAUUUUAUUAUAACAUCCUGAAUCUUUUACCCCAGUUUAAAUUAAGUGUUCUUGAAAACAGACCUUUCUAUAAAGUUUACAAGGAUAAUUUUAAUGAGACUGGCGAUUUCUUGCUGAAUACGACAGGCUGUGUGAUACCCAAUUAUAUGCGGAGAAUGAAUUUCAAGAAACCAGCAAGAUCCAUCUACUCGAAUUGUGGAAAAAGAGGGAUAUUUGUCAACGCUUUAUCUGAUGAUGAAAUAGUUUUCGAAAUUCGUGAUGAUAUUCUCAGCAAGUACAGGAAGGACAAAAACCCUUAUAAAUGUUGUUACGAAUUUGUAAGCCGCCCAAAAUCAAGCACUCCUGGAACUAACGACAGGAAAGUUGAGCUCUCCAAAUGUGAACCAUUUCAGAACGGCACAACAACGAAACUAAUUCAAGAGAUUAUAAGCGUGAAAUGUAGUUCAAAUAAAUACAAAAGUACUUUUUAUGAAGAUUCCUACAUAUUGAUGAAGAAAAUCCGAAAAAAGGAACCCAAUGAGCUGGCAGAAAUGUGGAAUGUUUUAAUACUGGGCAUGGAUACGAUGUCUCGAGCAAGGGCACGGCACACUAUGCCGCUAACAAUGCAAUAUUUCAAGGAGAGUGGUUGGCUGGACUAUAAGGCCUAUCAAAAGGUAGGCGAAAACACAUAUCCUAAUUUGAUGGCUAUGUUAUCAGGAGAUGCCAAACUUUACUGUAAAUCAAGCAUGGAUACCUGUAAUGAUCGCCUAAUUUGGUCAAAAUAUUCAAAAUCUGGAUAUGUUACUGCAUAUGGCGAAGAUUUUUUAUAUCUUCCUGAUACUUUCAGGAACUAUGGGGGAUUUGAAAUUCCCCCUACAGAUCACUACAUGCGACCUUUAUUUCUGCUUGGAGAAAAAAAUAAAGGGAACAUAGUAUGCUUGCGACGGAAACCCUCAGCAGUACAUAUGUUAGACUAUGCAAGCCAACUAGCUAAAACCUAUAAAAAUGGAAGCUUCUUUGGAUUAUUCUGGAUAAAUUCGUAUAGUCACAACCAAAUCAACGAUCCCGAACUUUUUGAUGAAUACGUGUCCACGUUCUUAAGAUCAUUACACAAAAGUAAAACCUUUAUAUUUUUUAUGAGUGAUCACGGUAUAAGGUUUGGUGAGACGCGGUUCAGCGUAGAAUCUUUCUACGAAGAGAGGCUCCCCAUGCUUUACAUCUGGGUUCCUCACAAAUUCAGAGAACAACAUCCUAAUGAGUUCUACAAUUUGCAAGUAAAUCAAAAUCGUUUAACUAUCACUUACGACCUACAUGAAACGCUGUGGGGAAUAUUAAAGAAAUCUGAUAAUACGGUUAAUGUUAAGAAAUCAACAGUGUGUCCGCAAUGUACGAGUCUAUUUGACGAGAAGUCCUUAAAUAGAACUUGCACGGAAGCUGUUAUAGACGAAAAGUGGUGCACUUGUCGCAAAUUGGCGCCUGUUGUUAAGAACACAACGGCAGCGCAAAACAUCGUCGCCACGGCUUUGUCGGCUCUGAGAAAUUUCUCAAGCACAAUAAAAACCAAAAAAUGUACAAGAUGCAAACAAAUGUCGGUCAAAACUGUUUUAAGAAUACAUUCAUACUACAAUGAAGAACAUAAUAAAACCCAUUAUUUACUGGCAUUCCUGGCGACUCCCGGACACGUCGCCUAUGAAGUUAUCGUGGAUGAGGAGGUGGCGGGAUAUAACGUAUCAACCCCCUUUUCGACCAUUACCGCUUAUAACACAAAAGGUGUAUGUGUAAUUAACAAAGCACAUCAAGGGUAUUGUAUUUGUGAAGAUAUUCCCAAAUGUCAAACUUACCAAAAAAAUAAAAUUAAUAGAUAG